AUGACCCCCAGGCACGGUCUCGAACUGCCCAUGUCUGGACCUGAGCCAAAACCGGUCAAUGCCAACGGAUGCGGAUGCACAUUCUCCGCUGCUAUGCCCGCCGUGUAUUCACUAUCCCCCUGGUCACUGUACUACCUGUGUGAUGGCUUGCUACCUAGAACCCAUGUCACGUGGGUAAACGCCACGGCAAGCUAUGCACGCCACGUCCUCGUUCUUCAGCUGAGUCCAACUCCAGCGCAUCUCUCUCCACCUGCAUGGGCAUCAUUGGCGCGAAAGCCGGGUGGACGGUGUCAUGCCACCAACUCGUUCUCCCGUCCCGCGGCGCUGCGUGACGACCCACCGCCGGAAGCAAGAGCCACAGCCGCCUUUAUCGUGUGGGCCGUCACCACCACGUCCCGUUCCCGCACUGCCAUGUCGUAUUUCGGCACCUACGGUAUGCAUUGUGCAAUGCUUUUGCACCUGUGGGCCUUCGGCUCCUACCGCUCCACAUUCUGCAACUCUGGGAUCAGUGUAACAGUAUGGACGCCUACUUGCCACUUGCACACUUGCAUACAGUGGGACCCUACCCUGGUCCGCAACCGCUUCUACUUCGGCCCAUUGCAGAAUGCUUCUGUAAUGGGUAUCAGCGCAGACGCUUUUCCCAAUGGUCCGCCGAUUGUGGGGUACAUGAAUAUCAACGCUACCGACUAUUUUAGUCAAAUAUCCUGUCAGCUUCACAUUAUCCAUAUGGGUCGUACCAGCUAA